AAAAAAAUUCCAAACCUGUUGUGCAGACGCCAUUGAAAACCUAUAUAUUCAGAGGUAAAUUAGCGGCAAAAUUCCUUAAACCCCACUUUGGUGUCUGAUUCACUGAAGAGCAAACGAAUGGAAGAAAACUUAAACAACAUCGAAGAAGAAGAUGAGGGCCCACCACCUGGUUUUGACUCUUUAGCUCUACCCUCACAACAUACCACCAAUGAUGAGACUGAUGAAGAUGAGGGCCCACCACCUGGUUUUGACUCUUUAGCUCUACCCUCACAACAUACCACCAAUGAUGAGACUGAUGAAGAUGAGGGCCCACCUCCUGGUUGGCCCUCAAAUCCUCAGCAACAAAAUCAGCAGCUUCUCCUGACUACUGAUGUAGGGAUGGGGAGCAAAGAACACGAAUCAGAAGACGAUGAAGAUGGUCCACCACCUGGGUGGAACACUGUGAUCCCACAGAAAGAUUUACCAUCUACACUGCCACCAGCAGCAGUUACUUGUGAUGUGGAAAUGGAGAAGAAAGAAGAAGUCGUUGAAGAUGAAAAUAAUAGUCCACCACCAGGAUGGGAGUUGAUCCCUCCACUACAGCCACUACAAACAUCUACACCACCAUCAGGGACACAACAAGCUCUUCUUGCCGACAUAGAAAUGGAGCAGAAAGAAGUCAAUGAAGAUGAUGGUCCACCACCAGGAUGGGAGUUGGCCCCUCAACUACAGCCACUACAAACAUCUACACCGCCAUCAGGGAUGCAACAAGCUCUACUUGCCGAUACAGAAAUGGAGCAGAAAGAAGAAGUCGAUGAAGAUAAUGGUCCACCACCAGGAUGGGAGUUGACCCCUCAAUCACAGCCACUACAAACAUCUACACCACCAUCAGGGACACAACAAGCUCUUCUCGCCGAAAUGGAGAAGAAAGAAGAAGUUGUUAAAGAUGAAGAUAAUGGUCCACCACCAGGAUUGCAGUUGAUUUCUCAAUCACAGCCACUACAAACAUCUACACCACCAUCAGGGACACAACAAACUCUUCUUGCCGACGUUGAGAUGGGGAGUAAACAGCACUCUGCAGUUGAAAAAGAAGGGCAUCCACUGGGAUCAGAAUCCAUUCCUAUGACUGGACAUUCAUCACCACCUACACCACCACCUCAGUCAUCAUCAUCAGUUGCUUCUUCUGAAAUGGAGAUGGGUAGCAAACAAGAAGGCACAAAGAAUGAGGAGGUAAGGCCCCCAAUUGAAAAGCAACCUACAUCACAUUUACCACGGAUUAAACCUACAGCGCCUCAAUCCUCAUCACAUGCAACAACAUUUUCUGCCGAAAUGGGUCAGAUGGUUUGUGGUUCUUGCCGACAGUUACUUACUUAUCCACAAGGGGCUAAAUUAGUGAAGUGUUCGUGCUGCCAGACCGUCAAUUUUGUCCUGGAAGCUCAUGAGGUUGGACAAGUUAAAUGUGGGGGUUGUGCAGUGCUGCUCAUGUACCCUUAUGGGGCGCCAUCUGUUAGAUGUUCCUCUUGUCGUCACAUGACAAAAAUUGGGGCACACAACAGACGACCUCCUCUCUCAGUGCAACAGGCUCGAAGAAGACAUCCUGCUUACCAAGUUCAUUAACUUGCUCAUCUCGAUCUGGUUUUUGGGGAGUACACCAUGUAGGUGUAAUUGUUUAUAUGAACUGCUUGGCUAGAGGGCUAUUUAGCUGACAUCAGGGGUACUGCUUGCUUCAUUGGCAUUUUCCUUGGCUUUGUAAAAUCUGUAUCACUCCUUUUUCCGUAUCAAAAAUUUGUGUCACACCUUUUCUAUUUAAAUACUCUAACUUUGAAUAGAGUCAAAUUUCUCAACGUUAGUGAGACAGGAUUGGAAGUUUAGUUUAGCCUCAUCGAGUUUCUUGUGUUAUCAGAUGAAAUUUAUGAACAUAGUAAUGAUAACUAUUCAGAGACUUGGUUAA